UGAGUAGUUUCUAAUAAAUGUUGAUCGCCAAUCAGAUAAUCAACAAAUUGUAUUCAUCUAAUUGUUUGUGUAUAGACUUUUGUUUUCGUGUGAUUCAUUGAUUUUGUUUUUCUUUGAAGAAUGGACCAAACCGAUAGAGAUACUUUGUGGGAUGAAUAUUUGCUCAAAUCAAAACUAUUGGAGGAAAUGGUGGAUUCAAUUGGCUCCAUUACUGAUUCAACUGCUGAUGGAAAGGUGAAAAUUGUUGACGAUGGCGGUGAUUUAGUUAAUAAUAAUUUAGAUGCUGUUGAUUGUGGAAAGGAUUCAAAGGCGAUUUCUAAUGAUGGAGCAAAGGGAAAGAGUAAAAUAGAGUUGGAAAGUGAAUUCAACCAGGCGAACAAUAAGUUGGACGAAUUGAAACAACUUUUCACUGAUCUGAAGAUUUUCCUUCCAGCCUACAAUUUGCGAAGAGCUCAAGAGACUUUGAACAAUUUAAAAGAUAAAAUUGAAGGUAAACGGAAAAAUUUGUUACCAAGGAAAAAGUUCACUUUCAAAGCUCAACUUGUCCCAUUAAAAGUAACUGCUGCUUCUUCUGAUGUGGAUGAUCAAGGAACACCCAAAGAGACCAAGGAUUUAGUUUUUGGUUCAUUUUUUGGAUUCAAAGACAUUGUUGAUGGUAAUUUGUCCAUAGAGAGAAGCGAAUCUUCAGGCAAAGACAUUCAAUUAAUAAAUCUAACGAAUUGUAAGGUUUUCAUCAAAGGUCGACCUUGUUCUGUAUCCGUUUUCCAAUGUACAAAUAGCGAAAUCAAUAUUGGUCCUGUUGAUAGUUCAGUUUUCAUCAAUAGCUGCUCCGAAUGCUCGUUCCAAAUUAUGUGUCACCAAUUGAGAAUCCACCAAAGUCGCAACUGCCAAUUUAAUGUCCAUCUAACCAGUCGAGGAAUAAUCGAAGACUCAACUGGGCUUGUAUUCACACCAUUUUCAUGGUCUUAUUCAGGUUUUGAUGAAGAUUUACAGUUAACUAGUCUUGAUGUUUCGAGCAACAAUUGGGAUGCAAUUGAUGACUUUGAUUGGCUAGUCGCCGAUAAACCAUCACCGAAUUGGAGUCGCUUGAAGAGUUCAUCUUGAGAGCGAAAGACCCUAAUCAAAAGGAUUACGAGCGAAAUUGCUCAUCACUUUUCGAUUUCAUGUAAUAAACAGCAUCUCAUUACUAAAUUUUAACUUAAAUUUUUCGAUAAAAA